GCAAAGGCGGACGGGAAAGAAAGAGGAAGAUUCUGUACCUAAUUUAUUUAUCGAGGUACAAACCCCACUCAAGUUAGUGUUGUAAUUUUAUUAAGACAAGUUAUGAUUAGCAGCUUAAAAUGAAUAGUAAAAUCCAGUCACCUUGACAUAAAGGGAAAAUGAGAGCUAGACCCGAACGUGACUAGCAGCAGUUUCCUUUCGGUGGGGCGGCUGGAGUCGGUGAUGGAUGACUUUAGCUCCUCCAUGGAUCUGGGUUCGUCAGCGGGAGGCUCGGACCAGGCGGAGCUGUCGCGGAUGAUCGCGGUGGAGCAGCAGAAAGCUCAGUUCCAGCUCAAGGUGCACAACUUCACCGACGUGUGCUGGGAGAAGUGCGUGGAGAAGCCGAGCUCCCGGCUCGACUCGCGGACCGAGGCCUGCCUGGUGAGCUGCGUGGACCGCUUUGUGGACACCACCCUGGCCAUCACCAAUCGCUUUGCCCAGAUGGUGCAGAAAGGGGGCCACUGAGUCAACGUUACAGUGAAGGUGACUGCCGUGGAGCGAAGGGCGUCCUCUUUCUCGAUUGGGCCUGAAGAGAGAGAAACCAAGAUUACAACCACGCAAGAGGGAGUGUGGGGGACUGGAAGAGUUGCUGCAGAGAGCUUCAGGGCUUUGCUAGGCAGAAUGGCCUGGCUGGAGUGUUUUUAACUCGUGUAUAGAUAUUUUCUAAUCGACCUGUUUAGGGAUAUUAUUAGGCACCUCUGAGGGAUUUUCAACACAGGCCUUCCAGUCAAGAGAUAGAGAGGUUGUAUCACUGUACCACAAGAGCCCCUGCUUCUGGGCAGUAAAUGUUUACUGAUUCCUCCCAAAUGCUAAUGUAUUUCCCUUUUGAUCAAAAUUCGAAUUGUCAAGGGAUAUAGAUGUCGGGUGACCAGAGCUGCGUGCCGUACUCCAAAUACAGCCUUGCCAACAUCUUGUGAAAGACGUCCCAACUCCUGACUGAUGGAAGCAAGUAUGCUGAAAAACUCCAACUUCAAAGACAGUUGCAGAGUUGCACAUCACGGAAACAGGCCUUUUGGUCCAACUUGUACAUGCUGACCACGUUUCCUAAGCUAAACUAGUCCCACAUUCCUCUAAACGUUUCCUAUCUAUGUACUUAUCCGAAUGUCUUUUAAAUGUUGCAACUGUACCUGCAUCUACCACUUUCUCUGGCAGUUCAUUCCACAUAGGAACCACCCUCUUCGUGAAAACGUUGCACCUUUUUAAACUUCAAACAAAAACCGAAAGAACUGCAGGUGCUGUAAAUCAAAAACAAUGGUAGAGGUUGCUGGAAAAGCUCUGGCAGCAUCUAUGAAGAGAAAUCAGAGUUAAUGUUUCAGGUCCAGUGGAGGGUCUGAGGAAAGGUCACUGGACCUGAAAUGUUAACUAAUUUCUCUCCUUGGGUGCAGCCAGACCUGCUGAGCUUUUCCAGCAAUGUUUGUCUUUGUUCCCUUUUAAAUCUUUCUCCUCUCGCCUUAAAAAUGUAUGCUCUUGUUUUGAACUCCCCCACCCUGGGGAAAAAACCUUUGCUAUUCACCUUAUCUCAUGGCCCUCAUUAUUUUAUAAACUCCCAUAAGGUCACCCCUCAACCUCCUAUGUUCAUGUGAACAAAGUCCUAGCCUAUCGUUAUAACUCAAAGCCUCCAGUCCUGGCAACAUACUGAUAUGGUUAAUGUAAUUUCUGCAGUUUCAUGCAUUCACACACACACACACACACACACACACACACACACCUCACACAUAACCCACACACAUACACACACCUACACACACACUCACUCACACACAUACAUACACACACACCUACACACACACUCACUCACACACAUACAUACACACACACAUACACACACACACAAACACAUACACACACACACUCACACACAUACAUACACACACACUCACUCACACACCUACACACACACACUCACUGUACUAAAACUGAGGUUUAAUGAAUAAAAGCUAAAUUAUGAAACUAAUGAUUGACUAGGCCAUAAUGAAGCAUGAACUAGAAGUCACCUCUGUUAUGCCAGGAACAUGGUAACCUUGGGCAAGAAACCAAGGAAUGCUUCAGUUAGACACAGAGGGCAAAAUACAAUGAAAGCUCUUUUCAUGACAUCAAUAAAUGUUAUAACUAGUAGCAGAAAUUGUAAAAUAAUAUAACAUUUUAAUUAAAGAAAUUGGCAGAGAAAAGCGUGAAAUGCUUUAACCAAUGGAAUUGUCAUUAAUGAUUUUUAAUGUAAGAAAAAUCCAUAGCGUGAGAUGUUUAAACCAAUGAAAUUAUCACCAAUGUAUUUGAAUGGAAAAAUAAUGUAUAAGUAUUAGUGCUGUAAAAUCUCCCGUUGCGACUUCCGAAGUCCUUUUUGGAACUCGCCCAAUCUUCGAAGAUUGAAUAAACAUCUGUUGCUCCGUU